AUGAUAUCAACUUGGUUCUUGUCGAUCUGGAUCACCAAUGCUGCAGCUACGGCCAUGAUGUACCCGAUCGCUUAUGCCAUCAUUCAACAGCUGAAGGAAACAAGAUGGGUAUCACCAGAGAAGGAUGGUGCUCUUCCUACAGUGAUAGAAAUGAAUGCAAAUGGCACAGAGGUUCGGGGUGAACAUACGUCAGUGGAAAUUGAUACAGAUACCAAGGAACCCGAAAAAGGAAACAUCCAGAAAACUACAGAUGAAGGGCAGCUGAAAGAAAAGCCGGAAAAUAUAGAGGAAAUAAAUGAAAUCGACGUCUCGAAAAAUCCGGAAUUUAUUCGUAUAAAGAAAGCCUUGACUCUGUGUAUUGCCUAUGGUGCGACGGCAGGGGGCGUGGCAGGUAUCACCGGAAGUGCAGCGAACCUGGUGUUGAAAGGACUACUGUACAACAGCCGUGGUCUCGGAGCACCCAUCAACUUUGCAACAUGGAUGGCGUAUGGCCUACCUCUCUCCGUGGUCCUCCUGUUUGUGUGCUGGGGCUGGCUGUACAUGAUCUUCCUAAGAUGCAGGGACAUCUGUUCAUGCAUGAAUAAGGAUAACGAGACCAGGAAACUGCAGGCGAAGAAAGUGAGAGGUCUCCUGGAGAUUGAGUACAAGAAACUGGGAUCGGUUACGUACGGACAAGGUAGUGUCGGUGUGUGUUUCAUUCUUCUCGUCAUUUUCUGGCUCACACGGGAUCUUGGUGGAGUUGGUGGAUGGGGAGAUCUAUUCGAGUACAAUAUGACUCGAGACUCCACUCCAGCUAUUCUCCUGUCAUUCCUGCUGUUUGUGUUGCCCUCAAGGAUUCCACGUGUGUUUUGUUGCAGACGUAACGUUUAUGGGAUGACCGAGGAGGAACGAGCUGAGGCAGACGCUCCAUUCGAACCACUGAUGACUUGGAAGUUCCUCCACGAGAAGAUGCCCUGGAAUAUUCUGUUUCUGCUUGGCGGUGGAUUCGCUCUGGCCACAGCAUGUCAGGAAUCUGGGCUAUCGCUGUGGAUUGGAACCCAGCUUGAGACCUUCCGAGGAAUGGACCCUUGGCUGAUGCUGUUCGUCAUAUGCUCCAUAUGUACUGUUGCCACAGAAGUGACCAGUAAUGGGGCCACUGCCAACCUCAUCCUACCAAUUCUGGCCAACCUGGCAAUAGGGACAGGUGUGAACCCAUUGUUCUACAUGUUCCCAGCAACGCUUGCCACCACCUUCGCCUUCAUGCUGCCUUCAGCUACACCAGGGAACGCCAUCGUGUUUGGCUAUAGUGACAUAAAGGUGUCUGACAUGUCGGCUUACAGAGUGAACCACAGUACAGAGACAGCAGUCCUCAGUGUGGUUGAUAUCUUCAGAUCUGGCAUUGACAAAGGUAAAGUUGGAGCCCUGGUCCUCCUUGAUUUAUCAGCGGCAUUUGACACUGUUGAUCACGACAUGUUGCUGCAAGUGCUUGCCCAGGAAAUAAGGCUAGGAGGUACAGCUUUAAGCCUGUUUUCAUCUCAUCUAUCAGGGAGAUACCAGUCAGUUGUCAUCGGUGACCACAAGUCAAGUGCAGUAUCCCUGACCUGCGGUGUUCAACAAGUGUCGGCGUCAGCGGGACUCAUGCCUGAACAUCUUGUCGGUGCCUCUGUUGCUCAUAGCAACGGCUACAUCAGGGAACGCCAUCUUCCACUUUGA